AUGUACUUGGGAUACGACCAACACAAUGAUCAGUACAAGAUUAUGCGAACGAUUAGGAGGGAGACGCAAGUUAGAUGUCUUGAAUAUAGUGUAUGUACGUUGAGACUAGGUGAUCAAUCUUCUUUUUCAUCCUGGAGGCGCGUUGAAGGUGGUAAAUCCGAUUAUUUUCGCGAUACUAAUGCAUUAUGCAUCAAUGGAGUUGUGUAUUAUGGAGCUCCAUCAAACAGCUUUGACAUGAAUCACAUGAUUGUGAGUUUUGAUGUUGCAUCUGAACGGUUACUAUUCCUGGAAGCACCUAAAGAGAAAAUGUUACUUCGUCUAAUAAACUACCAAGGAAAACUAGGCUGCUUUUGCCGCACCAAUGAUAACAGUUAUAGUUUGUGGAUUCUUGAUGAUGCUAAGAAGCAGAUUUGGUUCAAGACUUGUGUUUUUUCGCCUUCUUUUGAUGAUUUAUAUCGGAAACUCAGCCUACGAACUUGCGGCGCCACUGAUGAUGGAGAGAUCGUUUUUGUGUCACAAUUAGUAAAUGAUGUCUUUGAAAUAUUCUAUUACGAUUUGAAGAAGAACAAUGUGAGUAAAAUUGUUAGAAAUGGAGAUAUCUCCGAGGAUGGUGACCGUAGGCCUCCUCGUAGCCUUCCUAUGCAUCUUAUUAGUUCACUAGAGAAUAUCCGGGCUACGCCCGGGUACGUUUCUUUAUAG